UCUCUCUCUCUCUCUCUCUCUCUCUCACGCGCGCGCUCUCUCGAUCCAUGGAACGCGUCCCUCGUUCGAUCGUGCGCAAAAUCGUCGCAAGGCUGCGUAAAAAGGUGAAAUCGUCUUCGAACGCUUCAACGUUCAAGUUCGAUGAAAUGCUUUCGUCUUCGUUUCAUCGAUGAAUUAUUUUUCACUGGAAAUAGCGGCGGAGAACGAUCCAAGUUCGACGCGAACAAAGGGUUUCGCUGCCGGAUUAAAUUUAACGAUUAAUCGUAGCGCGUGUUCUCUCCCAUUGGUAAUCAAACGCGUCACGGCCGUGAAAGUGCUUAGAUCGUUUGGAGUUUUACUUCGUUUCCGUGGUCACACCGCGAUGGUUACAAAUCGCUGGUUCGACCACCCGUAUACCGUUGCCUUGUCUUUUUUUUUUCUCCAUGUCGGAAACCGGGGUAUCGCGGUAAAGCGGUACAACGAGAAAUCGAUGGUGAAAACGAUUGCGCGAAACGCUUAUUUCAACCGGUACAGCUUAAGUUUGGAAAAUUAACUAUUGGCGUUCGAAUAUGUUUUGUGCCCGUCCCGUGUACCCACCGACUUCCUUCAACGACAACAAAAAUUCGUCCAGUUAUUCAUUGAACAUCAGCUAAUAACAGUUAUCUCAUAGAAAAAAAAAAGAAACUGUCAUCGACCAACGAUGAUAUUUGCUUACGUAAUUAUCGUGAGUUUCGCGUACCGUGGAAAUUCACGAGUAGAAAACUCUCGACGAAUCGAACGAAUCUAAAGUCCAAGAAAAGUUUCCUCGAAAAUUUAGACGGUAAAAUUGUGAGAAUUUUUCCAGCGUCCAGGCGCCGUAUGGACCGUAGAUUCGUACGAUAAACAGGCUGCGACGACAUCGCGUAUACGUCAGUGUCUGGCACACAUGAGUCAUUCCGGGAGGGAACGGGUACGGGCGCUUGAUGCGCCCACGAUGUAGUCGGCCCUGUGCGGAAAGUGAGCGUAAAUCGCCGAGAUGUUCCGAAGAUGGCCGAAGCGGAACGGUCGUGCGGCAGUCAAGCCCGAGCGAUCCCCCGAUCGCCGUCGUGCGUGCUGGUGCGGCAGGUACGAGGUACGAGUGUACGACGUACGACGGUCAGUAGUGGAUUAGCGGUAACGGGAGCAGCAGCGCUAGCACGAAACGAGCAAGGAAAGGAGAAGAAGGUAUGAUCGCGCGAGUGAUCAACGACGGAAGACAUCGUCGAACGGGUAAAUAACGGAUCGUCGUAUUUACCCAGUGCGGGAGAAACCGUUGCGAAACGAAGGUGUCCUGGAUGCAAACGCUGGCUGCUCCACGGAAUAUGUACGUGCCGAAGGUGGGCGAGGGCCGUGCGAAAAAGUGGCGAAAACUGUGAGAGAGGUGCAGUGGCGGUCGUGGCGGUGGUGGUGGUGGCGGUGGCGGCGGUGUGGCGUUGCUGGUGCUACUUCGGUGUGUAUGCGCGCGUGUAUUGGUGGGACACGCACUUCGCCGGGGCCGUGGUUUCACGCUCUCUCUUUCGCUCCUAUUCCGUCGUCCGUUCCCUCUUUCUCUCGCUCUUACCCCUCUAUUCACCGCGACUAUCCACCUCUUCGUCUCUCGCACGGAGGCCAUCGUACCGAAAGCGACUGAGCCAGGCCAGCCACUACGCAAGAUGGCUGUGUGUCGCUAACGAGAGGCCGACAAACCAAACGGGGAAAAGCCAACCCGGGGAUAAACGGAACAUGCUGCUACGUGAACAUCGGGCCCGUCCCUGAAGAGAGAGACAUUGGCCAAGAAGCGAGAGGGAAUGUGUGACAUGUUCAUCCAAACACAGCAGACGAGUAGCGUCAACGGCAGCAGCAGCAGCAGCAGCAGCAGCAGUAACAACACCGUUCACCACCACAGUAAAAAACGCAAGUUGGAGUACAACGUGAGUCAGCCGGUGAUCCAGCACGCAUUGGUUCAAUCGACCGGCGACUACCAAUUAGACAAUACCGGGCUGCAGCAACGGUACUCCGUGAACGGUGCUAAUACCGCGUUUAGCUCGCUGCACAACAAUAAUGCGCUGCAGAAGAGUAGCCCGAACCAACAGACUCUGGUACGAGCCUCGACGAUCAAGCUCUUAGACACGUACCAACGCUGUAGCCAGAAGAGAAAAACUUGGUCGAGGGAGGGUAAUGGUGACAGUCUGGCAGUCCAUUCCGCCAACGCGACGAACGCAGUGGGUAGUACUGUAGUGUCGCAGCACCAUAAUCAACAACAACAGCUGCAACAACAACAACAGCAGCAGCAACAACAACAGCAGCAGCAGCAGCAACAACAACAACAACAACAUAAGCAGACAGGCAUGACGGCGCACAGCAAGCAAGUAACCAACGCCGCCAAUGGAGGCGGUGGCAGCAACCCCCAAGGCGACGGAGAUUACCAAUUGGUUCAACACGAAGUUCUUUAUUCUAUGACCAAUCAGUACGAAGUACUCGAAUUUCUAGGCAGAGGUACUUUCGGACAGGUCGUGAAAUGCUGGAAAAAGGGAACCAACGAGAUAGUGGCCAUCAAAAUUUUGAAGAACCAUCCAUCGUAUGCGCGCCAAGGUCAGAUUGAGGUCUCCAUCCUGUCUCGACUUAGUCAGGAAAAUGCGGAUGAGUUCAAUUUUGUGCGCGCCUACGAGUGUUUCCAGCAUAAAUCCCACACCUGCUUGGUCUUUGAAAUGCUAGAGCAGAAUCUGUAUGAUUUUCUGAAACAAAAUAAAUUUUCACCUCUACCCCUCAAAUACAUCAGACCGAUUCUCCAACAAGUACUCACUGCUCUUUUGAAACUUAAGCAAUUGGGGUUGAUUCACGCGGAUCUUAAACCAGAGAACAUCAUGUUGGUGGAUCCAGUACGCCAGCCUUACCGUGUGAAAGUUAUCGAUUUUGGUUCGGCCUCUCAUGUGUCGAAAGCUGUCUGUAACACGUAUUUGCAAUCGCGAUACUACCGUGCGCCUGAAAUUAUUCUUGGACUUCCGUAUUGUGAAGCGAUAGAUAUGUGGUCGCUCGGCUGUGUAGUUGCAGAAUUGUUUCUAGGAUGGCCUUUAUACCCUGGUAGCUCGGAAUACGAUCAAAUUCGAUACAUAAGUCAAACGCAAGGCCUACCAACGGAACACAUGUUAAACAAUGCCAGCAAAACAACUAAAUUCUUUUAUAGAGACAUGGACAGUACAUAUCCGUUUUGGCGAUUAAAAACACCUGAAGAGCACGAAGCUGAAACUGGUAUCAAAUCUAAAGAAGCAAGAAAGUAUAUUUUUAAUUGUCUCGAUGAUAUUGGUCAAGUUAACGUUCCGACCGAUCUGGAAGGUGGUCAACUUUUGGCUGAAAAAGCAGAUAGGAGGGAGUUCAUUGACCUCUUGAAGAGGAUGCUCACAAUGGACCAGGUAGAGCGUCGGAUAACACCCGGAGAGGCUUUGAACCACGCUUUUGUCACUCUAGCUCAUUUAGUCGAUUAUGCACACUGUAACAAUGUCAAAGCUUCCGUCCAAAUGAUGGAGGUUUGCCGACGAGCAGGUGAUUUUACAGCAAGUCCAGCGCAUCAUCAAGCUCCACCAGCACCUCAACCACCUCCGCCAACAUCAUUGGUAGCUAACUUUGUGCCAACGACAAAUGGCAGUGCUGUUACUUUCACCUUUAACAAUCAGUUGACCAAUCAAGUGCAGCGAUUAGUCAGAGAGCAUCGUACUGCUCAAACAGGAUACGACAAUCUGUAUCAAAUAUACAGUAACAGUAGCCGACGCGCAACUCAGUACAGUAGCUCAUCUAGCGGAUCGAAUAGUGGUCGAAACGGAGUACACGACUUUCCACAUCAAUUGGUGCCUGGUCUGCUUUGUCACCCACCCAGUUAUCAGACGAUGCCAAGUCCUGCGAAACACGUAGUUGUUGCUCAACCUCCGCAAGCGCAACAAGGACCUCUGCAGAUUCAACCAUCCAUCAUAUCGCAGCAAGCUGUCGCCGCGGCGGCUGCGGCUGCUCAACAACAAUACGCGGCGGUACCUGUUUCUAUGGUAGAAACUGGGCGUCAAAUGUUGCUAACGAACGCUGUACAAACCUCUUGGCCCGGCGGAAGCCGUCAAAUGGCUGCUAUUGUACCAUCAUGGCAGCAAUUGCCACCGCAACAUGCAGCCAUACAGCAGCCAUUACUGAGCGAUGCUGGAGAUUGGGGAAGACCUCUUAUCGUAGACAGUUCUGCUAUCUUGCAGGAUCAGCGGCCAGUAUUUCCUGUCACGGAGGUUUACAACACCAGUGCCCUCGUCGAACAUCCGUCUCAAGGUUGGGGUAAACGUACCGGAACGAAACAUCAUCAACAUCACGUGACGGUACCCCAACAGUCUCAACAUAGGCACGAACAUAAGAAAGAGACGCAACAAUUGAGUCCCGUGAAAAAGAGGGUAAAAGAGAGCACACCUCCGAGCAAUAUGAGACGACAUUCUCCUACGAGCGGUCAUUGGCAACAACAGACAAUGCAACAGCAUCAUUACAGUGGCAAACACGGCAACAGCCAUAACGCAGAGCAUCAUCAGGUGACAUCUGGUCGACAACAAACCAUCACGAUUCACGAUACACCAUCGCCGGCAGUCUCUGUCAUCACGAUCAGUGAUAGCGAGGACGAAACACCUGGUAAAUGCUGUGGAGAUCGUCAAUGCGGAGCCUGUCAAAAUUUGGCAACUCGCCUGUCUGGCGAUGGACGUCCAGUCCGCGAGGAAGUCAUCCGAAGUACGCAGUCGACACCACGCGUAGUCCAACCGAUGCAACAGACUCAUUCGAGUAGUCAGUCCCAUACCAACGGACACGUUGUAGCGCACAGCUCCUCUCAGAGAGCGCAACGAAAAAAUAUUAUCAGUUGCGUGACAGUCGGUGACAGCGACGGUGAAGCUAGUCCAGGCCGAGCGCAUACUCAUCUAUACCAACAUUUACCGCAGCAUCCUCAGCAUCAGCAGACUACGCAGUUAAUUAAACAUGAACCUCAGCAACAACACCACGUCAGCAGCAGCAGCUCCGUAUAUUCUUCUCAAUCGCAAAAGAAACGAUUAUUGGCAAAAGUACAGUCCGAGUGCAAUAUGGUAAAUGUUGCGACGAAGCCGGAGCCCGGCGUUGAGUACCUUGCUCCACAUCCGUGUCACGCGCCAGCUUGCAAAGAGCCACCGACCUAUCAGGAUGAUGCCUAUGACAUGCAUGACUACUUCUUGCAGUAUGUGACCACGAGUAGCGCGCAUCCGCAUCUUCAAGAACAGCACAUCGUGUACACGACCGGCACGGACAAGCGGGUAUCAUGGCCUGGAAAGAGAGCCGAGUACAAGCACGAGUACGUUCAACCGCCAGCUGCACAUUCGAGAGACCACCAAAAAUGGGCGGUCGCCAACACUGUGCAUCAGUAUAGGCAGAGCCAGGUGGUGGGUUCGGCAGCCCAUCCGGGUCAUACCCACAGUCAUCAUGGGCAUCCGGCCCACCUGAGUCCUGGGGGCGGUGGCGGGGGCAGAAGUCCUGCAGGGGGACCUGUAAUAGGAAGUGCCCAGCACCUGGGACAACCCCUGUACCAGGAGUACGCCCAUGUGCGUUCAAGAGCCCAUGCCGUGCCACCCCCGGUGUACGUUACCGCCGCGCCUUCUCAGGCUCCUACUGCUAUCCAGCAGCAACAAGUGCCCACCUAUCAGGGAUUCACACCCGGGUGGGUACCUAGACACCUAGUUGAUGCAUGCAUCUCCUCUCCAUUAACGUUGUAUGAUUCUAGUCGAGCGUUGCCACCACCAGCUCAUCACAGCUCGGCCAGACCGUUGCUCGCGAGUCAUGCAGCGCACCCACUGCCUGCACAUAUGCAGCCAACGGCCGUAUACGGAUUGGCCCCGCUUUCGCCGGCCAAACAUCAAUAUCAACCUUCUGGUUUGUGGUUCACCGAGUAAAUUGUAUCUCUUGCCUAGCUAGAAAGGGAAGAUAUCAAAUGGCACACGAAAAUUUACGCGUUACCAGAUUAUAAAAAAGAUGAUCGAACGAAAGGAAAAAGAAAACCCACCAGAUAUAUCCUAUCCAUUCAUUCCUCGCGAACUUUCUACUAGCGAACGAAGGGAGCCCUUCGCGAUACUGAUGCUGCUAUCGACCAUACGCAAUGAAAACCCAUUAUAAGGCUUACAAGAAAAUUCACGACUGAAAGUGACUCGAUCGAGUCCCAAACCAACGUAGAAGUCGCUCUACAACAUUUCACUUUCUGACAAUCCGUCCUAAGCAGCGAUUGCUCCUUUCAAAACUGCCCGUCUGUUAACGAAUCGAGAUAUUCAUCGUUUCGAACGUAUCGAAAGCAGACGAACGAACAUGAUACGAGGAUUGGAUUAAGUGAUGGUUUCGUUGAUGUUUCAUUACACCCAUUUGGUGUUGGGAGAGUUAUCUUUUUCGUUUCGUUCGAUGAAACGAGGUUGCAUGUCGAUGAAAAGUACAAAAGAAAAGACGACAGAAGGCGAGAGAGAGAGAGAGAGAGAGAGAGAGAGAGAGAGAGAGAGAGAGAGAAGGCUUUUUUAUGCUUUCCGUCGCGCAACACUAUUUCCUCAGUGAACCAUUUCCUAUGGUGAUUUGUUAUAUUUGUAUUAUUUUCUGAACUAUUACUUUGAUAGUACACCGAUCGACGUACAAUUUUGUCCGGCUUAGACGGCGCAUGUUAUAUGUAUACGUGACAGAGUAUGUACGCAUAUGGUACAGUAUUUGUUGAGAGGUGUUGUCACGAUUUUUAUUUAACAGCGAGAAAAUUUCAUCUACUCGUUCAAGACGUCCGACAACUUUUCAGAAAAUACUGUACACGUGUAUUUCGUACUCAACGUUUCCUGACUUUUGGGAGGGCGAAUGUAGUUAUCGCGCCAAAGAAAAUUUUACUAGGACGUUACGAAAAGAUGAUUAAUUAGGCGAUUUCGCUCGAAUUCGCAAAAACCAAGGGAAUUAAUGCGCAAUUUAAGCAGAUAAAACCGGCGACGUUGGUGAUUCGGUAAAACUGUAUUACUUUACCGUAAAACGGCAAACGUAAUUUAUUGAACCACCGCGUUGAAAUGGGGCAUAUAAAUGCAUUUCUUUUACGAUGAUACGUCAAACACGUAUCAUACACAAUUGUUUUUAAUGCUCGGUGACAAAGUUAUCUUUGAUUCGGUAGAAUUUACGGUCAUUCGGCGGCGGUGAUAUUUUAUUGCUUUCGCCUGGUUAAAUUUCGACCUGGCUAGAAGGUUUUUGUUGUCGAGCGCAACGACAGGCUUGAACGUUUCAAACGUUCUCUUUUCAAAACGUGGACACUUUUCAAUUGUACGCGGACAUACGUACGUAUAUACACACGCAUCUAUACGCGGUAUAUCGAUUAAUUGUAAAAAUGUGUUUCGAGUUUUAUCGUUCUAGGUUUAUUUCAAACGGUCUCAAGUAUGUUUAUGUGUCGUAAUAACUAAACAAUCUUGAGACGAUACCGUUAAUAUACGGAAAUAAUGCGUGCAGUUAAGUUUAGAAUCGAAUACCUCUUACGUUUCGAUUCAAAUGGUGAGAGAUUGAUUGUGCACGGUAAUUUGUAUUUGACAAAAGCUGUGUCUCCUCGCAGCAGCCUCACUAUUUAUUUUAAUCUCAUAAUGAAUCAUAUCAUCCCGUCGCCGUAACUACUAAUGGUUAUUAUUACUAUUGCAAUUAGGUAUCGCUGAUUUUAAGAUUGCCAGCAGUUCGCAAUUUCACCUAUUUUUGUAGAUAUCACGUUCUAGGUGAAAUUACGUGAUAGGAUUGUUCAAGAAUGAAAUUCGCAUCGGAAUCGUGCAUGUUUGCAUUAACGUUCGAUUCUUUUUUCUAUAUCGUAUUUCAACGUUUUGCAUUUCACCGAGGAUUGUAGCUUUAAAAAUGUACACGUAGGGUACAUUGCACAAAUCCGUGGUAUACAAUUUAUCAGUGCGAUCCAAACAUGGCCAAUUAGGACUCAUUGAAGUGCUAAACUGAAUUUCAGGAGGGAUUAGAAUUGAUUCGUAAAACAUAUUUUCAAAUACAGUUUCUAUCGAAAAGAAGUCUUCAUUGCAUGUAUUACAAUAUCGAAUAAUACACAAACACACAUACACACACACACACACAAAAUUAAAUACACUUUCUUCGUUAUACAUUCUAUACACUCUGACGUGACGAACGCGUCGAUGAGUGCAUGUUUUUAGUGAUUUCUUCUUGUCUGUUCCCCUCGUCGAAUCAUGUUCUUCCUUCUUGCACUUUUUCACGACAUUAUAAACAAAAGCGAUGUUUAAAUGUCUAUUUAUAAAGUGUAUUCAUAACGUCGAACGAGCUACAUCACGUAUACACGUGAAUAUCCAAAUUAUCGAAUUGUACAUACUUAUUGCGAAUGGCUCUCUUCCUAGAUUUCGAUGUUUUUGCAGCUGUAAAAUGUUAGGUCGCGCAUACCAUUCGUUUACUCGUAACGCUUAAAAAGAUAAAAAAGGAAAGGAUAAAGAUUUUUUCGCGUGUCGACGCGUAUCUCGUGUUUUUUAAUGGAAUGACGCUUAGGCAUUGUUUUGCUAAUUAUUUUGUAUACAUAGCUGUAUGAUAACUUGUACGAGAUAUUAACUGUGGUACGUUGAUUAAAUAGAGUGAUCCAUGUCCAGAGUUUAAUUAGAAGUAUUUUACAUGUAGAGCGCGAGUGUGACUGAAUGAAAGGGAGUUCUAGAGAUAGAAGGGAUAAAAAGAAUGCUACGUAGAGAAAGAGAGAGAGGGAGAGAAAGUUACUAAGUGAAAUUUUAAAUACUUUACCACAAUAUCGCAAGACUAAAAGAAAUUUACAACAUUUGAAUAAAUACUAAACGAUGACGCUAUUAAUUUGCUACUUUCGAUCGAUAGGAUAUAGACGUUGAUAUCGCUAUUAGGAAAUAACUGUUACGUGACAAAUUUUCUAACAGUAAUUAUUUGUUUCCAUAUUAUCAAAUUUGUGCAGCGCGUCUACCAAUACCAAUUGGCUUUUCCGAUAUUUUUCUUUCGACACACACGUACACACACAAAAUAAAAUAGAAAAAUUAUAUGUAACCAAGUCGAUGUGCCUGUUUAAUCAUACUUACGAUUAAUUAUAUUUAACAUUUACAUAUUUACUGCUAUCGAGGGAGAGUAAAAGGCGACGACGAAAGAAGGGUGCGCGCCUCUUUUUCGGUGCGUCAUGAAAGAGUUGCAGUACAGAAAAAAAAAGAAAAA